AUGGCGGCGCCCGCCCGGCUGUGCUGCUGCCUCUUCCCGCUGCUGGUGAUGGGAGCGGGAGCGGCCGCCGGGACCCCCGGCACCCCCGGCACCGCGGGCUGCGGCUGCAGCGCCGGCCGGGCCGCCGGGGACGGGCGGGAGGCGGCGGCGCGGCGCUACUCGGCGGCAGCGGCGGCGGGCAGCGGGCGGAGCGCCGGGCAGGGGCCGAUGGUGCUGAUCCCAGCAGGGGUGUUCACCAUGGGCACCCAGGAGCCCCAGAUCCAGCAGGAUGGAGAGGGCCCUGCCCGCAGAGUCCACCUUGGCAGCUUCUACAUGGACCAGUACGAGGUCAGCAACCUGGACUUUGAGAGCUUUGUCAACUCCACGGGCUACAUCACCGAGGCAGAGAAGUUUGGUGACUCUUUUGUGUUUGAGGGGAUGCUGAGUGAGGCAGUGAAGGCUGACAUCCACCAAGCAGUGGCAGCUGCUCCCUGGUGGUUGCCUGUGAAAGGAGCCAGCUGGAGGCACCCUGAGGGCCCUGACUCCAGCAUCUCCAGCAGAAUGGACCAUCCAGUCCUUCAUGUUUCCUGGAAUGAUGCCCUGGCCUUCUGCAGGUGGGCAGGGAAGCGGCUGCCGACGGAGGCUGAGUGGGAGUACAGCUGUCGAGGGGGGCUGGAGAACAGGCUUUUCCCGUGGGGCAACAAGCUGCAGCCCAAAGGGCAGCACUAUGCCAAUAUCUGGCAGGGAGAAUUCCCCACCAAUAACACAGCAGAGGAUGGGUACAAGGGGACUGCACCUGUCUCUGCCUUUCCCCCCAAUGGGUACGGCCUCUACAACAUGGUGGGCAACGCCUGGGAGUGGACAUCGGACUGGUGGGCUGUGCACCACUCCCCCCAGGACUUCCACAACCCUCAAGGGCCGUCCUCGGGCACGGACAGAGUGAAGAAGGGUGGAUCCUACAUGUGCCAUAAGUCCUACUGCUACAGGUACCGCUGUGCAGCCCGGAGCCAGAACACCCCCGACAGCUCCGCGUCCAACCUGGGCUUCCGCUGCGCCGCCAGCACCGCCCCGGGGCCACGCUGAGCCACCCCCAGGGCAUGGCAGGGCACAGGAGGGGCUGCAUCCCACCCGGGGACAACAAACUGAGCAGAGUCCCUUGCUGAUGGCACACCAUGGAAAAACCUUGCUUGAAGCUCCUGCUGAGGGAAGAAAAACCAGCACGACUCGAGAGCGCUUGGAGAACCUUCGUGUUCAUGAGCAACCUGGCCCUGGGUGUUUUGGAUUCAACUGGAAACAAAACUGAGCAGAAACAUGCCAAUCAUGUUUUCAAAUUCUACUUAAUCCCAGAAUUAGGCUGGAAAAAACCUCCAUAAUUAUUGAGUCCAGCCCUUGACUGAUCACCACCUUGUCAAUUACAAAAGCUCCUCCUUAGACAGGAUCUUUAUUAAUUAGUUUUAUUUAUGUAGAACUUCUACACUCAAAUGCAAUAAGAAAAGACUUUAUAAACUUCUAGACAGCUUUAAAAAAAUUCUAGGCAAUUAGGAAAUUCUAGGCUGCUUUGAGAGACAAUGAAGGAGUCAAGAAUGAGGGCUGGGAGAUGACAGCUCUCCCCACAGGCAGCUUGCCCUUUGUUACAUUCCAUUUGCAGUGAAAAUCAUGUCCAGAAAUGGGCUUCUCCUGGGGAGAUAUUUGCUGCUCUUUAGGAAAGUGCCUUCUGCAGCUGAGGGAGAUGAUCCUCAGGGUGAUGAUGAUUAGAAAUCUUGUACAUAUUUGAAUAAAAUAUCAAGCAUUUGUUUAUGCCAAAGACUUUUAUUGAUGGAAAACCACAAUUUCCUUUGAAUUUCUUGGACGCAGUGUAGGCGACUUGGAAAAUGCAAUAGUGGCCUCAUUAGAAACUGAAGCUAAUGAAUGAUUCCACUUGAAUAAGAGUCAUGGAAGUGAUGGCAGAUGGAACUGUGAGCCCUAAGACCUAAUAGGGUAAAUUUCUAAACUGUUUUGUUGAAAAUAAAAUUCCUCACUGGGAAGGAGAGGAAUUUUGGCAAGUGAGAAGGGAAAUGGGAGCAAUUGAAAGCAACCUCGUUUUGGGAUCUGAAUGUGACUGUGGAUUAACAAAAGCCUUUGGUACUGAUGCUGGUCCUUGCCAGUGUUGUCUUUGCUAUAGAAAAUUGGGUUUGAGUUUAAUGCAAAUCCAUCACCUGGCAGCUCCUUCUGCAGUGAUUUCAUGUUGAAAAGAUGACACAGGAGAAUGCCUGGGCAGCCCUUCACCGAACACCAGCCUCCAGUGGGGUCCAGGUAAGCCCAGCAAGCAGAAAAAUCUAUGCCAGGACACAGCAUGAUGUGACACAAUAUUGAGAUAUUGGUAAUCACUUUUGCACUCAGAGAAGAAAGGAGGAGGGAGGAUGAAGGGAAGCUCAGAGCCUUCUGAGCUGUUUGGGUUCAUUGUGGAUGAGCACUGAGCUGUGAGGGGCAGACUGGAGCUCUGAAGCUGAAAGGAGUCUGAAGGAGAAAGUGAACAGAAAUUCAGCAGAUUUCUGAACAGAGUCUAUUUCUUUCCUAGUUUCUUGACAGGGAAUUUUUGUAGUAAGAUUUUGGUGCACUCCCCCAGGCAGCUGCAUUGCCAAGGCAUGGUAUAGAGCUGUAUGGAAAACAGCCAUUAACAACUGUCAGGAUGGUUUAGAACUCAAUUUACAAUUAUUUUGUUUUUGCAAGGCCCUCAGUGUGGCUGUUUUGAGCAGUCCAGCACUGUUCCUGUUCUGGGAAGUUUGCUCCAAGCAGAUAACUGGGAUCAGGUCACUCCCAGGAGCUGCAGCCCUGGCGUGGGCUGAGGGCUCAGAUUGCAGGGACAGAGAGCUCAGCUGUGCUCCUGCUGUGGGGCUGUGAUCAAGGACCAGAUACUGCUCAAGGUGGUUGGGUUUUUUUGUAAUCUGCACUUCCUUAACUACUCAAAAUCAUGCCAAGUGCAUACUCAUAACAGGAAGGUAACAAACUGUGCUGUCAUCCUGAAAACGAGGAGUGCAGAUGCUGUAACACUCAUCUUGAAACUGCUCAGGAGGGAAAGAGGAAGUGCAUUGGAUCAUCUGCUCCCAGCCCUGUGGUCUCAAGGUGGCUGGCAUGAUGCCUUCUCUGGAGAAAACCAGAUAAAACUCUCUUCUGCACGAGAGACCUUGCAGUCCAGGCUGUGCCCUGGAAUCCUGUGCAUUCCAAGGUGUGGGAUCCAGGGAGCUUCCCUCCUAUAACAGCAGAACCCUUAUUGAGGCAAGGACUGAAGUUAAUGUCCACUCAGCCUGUAAACUACUUCUGCCAGCAGCUGAAAUCCUUUGGAAGGUUCUGCACUGACAGAAAUGGUGCUUAAUGAUUAACCCUAGGAGAAAUGACGUGGUAAUGUUUAUUUUAACAUAAACCCACAGCUGUGUCUAAACCCCAGCAGCAGCAGGAAGGCACUUAACUGGGAGAGGUUGACACUGCAUCUUAUCAAGGAAGCAAACAUAAACACCAAGUAGGAUUUUGUUUAGUAAAUAGCAAAAUGUCCUUUAUCCCUGGUCAGUAUCAGGUUAAUCAGAGUGGUUUGAGUUGGAAGGGACCUUAAAGCUCAUCUUAUUCCAACCCCACUCGCCAGAGCAGGGGACCUUCAAUUGGUUCAGAGCUGCAUCCUUGAAUUAUUCUGAUCAUAUUUCAAUAGGGAAGUAAAUCUCCCAAUGAAUACUGAAAUAUUGAUAAUCAUUACUGCUCUUGGAGAGCAGACAGGACUACAGAGAGCUCCCAGUUUUUAGCUGUUGGCCUGGAUUCCUUGUGAAAGAGCACACUGAGUUGGGAGUGACAGCUCAGUCCUUCAGUGGCACCAAUCCUUCAGGUCCAAAUCAAAGUUGUCUGCAAUUUAAAAAUGAAGUUACUGAUCACCUGCAGAACAUCUGAUCCCCAUGAGAUGCACUCCCUUGUGUGUUUUAUGUCAAAGGGUAUGGAAACAGGUAAAUAUCCAACUGUCCAAAGCAAAUAACUGAGGGUUUGUGCUGCUGAUGGCACAGUGUGACAUGAAUAAAAAACGGCAUUGCAGUUUAUCCAUCUUAAAUAUCAAAACCAGGCUAUGUGAAGCUGUCUUAACUUGAUCUUUGCAGAAAGGAAGUGAAGGGACCUGCAGGUACAGAAUGUGCCCCUGUGGCAGUGCAUCCCUGGGGGAAAGAGGUGCUCAGAAAAGCCCUGCACAGCUGUUGGAGCCAGACAGGGAUGAUGCAAAGAUGGAAUGACCUUCUCCCUGUGCUGGGAAAGGCCAGGCCUUACUUCAUGCUGCCUGGCCCUGGAGUAGUGAAAACAUGGAUCAGUUAGCAGCUGAAAGAACCCUCG